CAACCAAUAACAACACUGAAAAUUAAUAUUUUUGUAACGUAACAAGGGAGUGGUGCGUAGACAGAGAAGAGGUAGUGGUGCAAGUACUGCGAGUGGCAAGUGAGUGGUGUGAUGUGUAGUACGAGCUAAUGGCUACUCUAUGUCUAUGCAUCGUCGAUCGCCCGUCCCCGUCCCCGUCAGGCUUCAACACAGCGUCAACAGAAGCAAAUGACGUUUCUGUUCGACACAAUUUUAUGAAAUUGAAAAAUACAUUGUUGUAACAAUCUCUUUCUAUAUGUACGAUAUGUAGUGCAUAGCUGACGGGAAUUGAUACUUUAUUGUACUGAUAGUUACGUAGUUGCGGCAAUUUGAAGCCGUUUAUUAUAAAGUCUCUACUGAAUAGAUGGGUAUUAUGUCGGUGUUGUGCUAACUGGCAAACAAUAAAGCCAUAAAGUGAUUCAGGAUUCAAGAAAUAAAAUCGCAGUAGCUGAAAGUACUCGAAGGCGUGUUGUCCAGCCGGUAAAUAAUUGGGAGCGACAAUGACGUACUACGAUUAUUAUGAUGGCAGUAGGAUAUUCGUAUUCCUAUCAACCAGAGUUGGGCUUCCUUUAGACUUAGUAAAUUUUUUGAUCGCACAAGUAGCUGCACUAUGCCUGGCAAGACUGUUUCGAAAACCAUUAAGAUAUGCUUCGCCGGAAUUUCGACAUUCUGUGUGCCUUGUUAUAGGUUUAACGAUGGGCUAUUUCUGUUUUGGAAGACAAGCGAUCCAUUUAUCGGUGCUACCCAUGUUAACCUACACUAUGUUAAAGAGCGUUUCACACAAAAAUAUGGGAAACGUUAUAUUGGCGGUUUCAAUGAUAUACCUAUCAUGUCUUCAUUUACAUCGACAAAUAUACCACACGGCUGACUAUACUUUAGAUAUAACAGGUCCGUUAAUGGUAAUCACUCAAAGAGUUACGUCAUUAGCUUAUUCACUGCAGGACAGUUUAACUGUAAAAGAAAGACCAACAUCAGCAAAUUCAUCAGAAGCUAAUGGCGAACUAGUGAAAAUAGAGAAGAUUCCGUCACCGCUUGAAUACUUCGCAUAUACUCUAGCCUUCCAAACGUUAAUGUGUGGACCAGUAGUGUUUUACUCUGACUAUAUUAAAUUUAUCGAAGGUGCGCGCGUCGAUGAGUUCGAAAAAACAAAACGUGCCACGGAACCAUCGCCGCGUCGUGCUGUGCUUUACAAAGUGUGUGGUUCAGUGGCCGCUGCCUUAUUAUAUUUAAGUUUGGCUCAGAAAUAUCCUUUGGCUGUUUUAGAAGAGUUGACGGACCCUUCAUCAGAAGUGUCGCGGUCAUGGUCAGCCUUGUACCUGCUUUGGUACGCAUACUUGUCAACGUUAGUAGUGCGGUGCAAGUACUACCACGCCUGGUUGUUGUCCGAAGCAAUAUGCAAUAACUGUGGCAUGGGAUUCAAUGGCUACAACAACGACGGCACGCCUAAAUGGGAUAAAAUGUCUAACAUCGAUAUAUUUGGUUUCGAGUUUGCACAAAACUUCCGUGUAGCGAUCGCCAGUUGGAACAAGAACACGAAUCAGUGGCUCCGUGACGUGGCGUAUGAGCGCGGCGGCGCGGCGUGGCGCACGGCGCGCGUGUACGCUCUCUCCGCCGUGUGGCACGGCUUCCAUCCCGGAUAUUAUUUAACGUUUUUCGCUGGCGGACUCUUCACUGUUGCGGGUAGAAAGAUACGGUAUGUGGCUCGUCCGAUGUUUUUAGACAGCGUCCCCAAAAAACUUUUCUAUGAUUGCGUAACAUUCUUCACCACAAGAGUGGCAAUGACAUACGCCACUGUGCCGUUUGUACUCCUUCAUCUUACUCCUAGCCUCGCUUUUUACGGGAAAUUUUAUUACUCCCUUCACUUCAUUGCUCUGGGUGCAUUGCUAAUACCUGAUAAGACCAAACGAUCCAGAGGAUCACAAGUUCAAGAGAACAGCUUAUAUAGACCUAGUGUAGACGCAUUGUCGAUUUUGGAGCCAAUAGAAUCAUCAUCAAAUGGGAAGCUUAAAAUAACAUAGAAAAUGUGUGUUUUGAGGGCUCUGAAGGUAUUUCUCAUUUUCUUAUCACAAUCCGAAAUAUUGUUUUAAAUAUAAACAGUAAUUGAUAUUAACAUUGAUUAAUUCUUUGUUAAGUAUUAACUAUUACGCACAAAAUAGUAACAGUAAAAAUAUAUUUAUCUGUGAAAAGAUAACUUUUUAUUCUAACAUAACAGUAGGAUUUAUUUUCUAACGCUAAAACAGUGUUAAGUGUCCAAUUUGUAUUAUUAUCUAUUUAUUUCAGUAUUACUUCCAAUGAUAAUACAUGUUACGUAGGUAGUGACUCCAUUCAUUGACACAGGGCAGCUACCUUACUUUUUUGUUACUCAGUUGUAAGAUGGCUUAAGAUGGCUCGUAAGAUGGCUGGCCAUAUAAGCAUUAUCUUAGUAACUUAUUUCUUGUAAGUGAAAAAGUUUAAAUGACUGAAUAGGUACAGUCCUAUCAAGUAAGUGCGGGCGUAGGGCCGAUAAUGCGUCAAAGCGAAAAUCCAUUCGAAUCACGCGUACGCGCACGAAUCAUUGGUGGACGCGCAUUAGCGCCGAUUCGGCCGCGUCUUUUUAAUUAAAGCUCUAAUGUAAUGUGUGCAUUACGCUGUGGAAAUAAGUUUGAAUUUGUUAUUUAUCAGAUUUUCGUUUCGAUACGUUCUUGGAUUCUGCGCCUGUAUGAAUUGACAGAUUGAUACUACGGUUGUACAGUACAAUACAUGCCUUAUUGUUACCUAGCAAAAUACAGCUAAGAUUAAUUUUGUUUUGAAAAAACAUAGUUUUUAAUACAUAUAUAAUUGAAACAGUUGUACAAUACCUUGACAGGUAUUUAGUACUUCAGGAAUAUAUUCAUAUCCUUUUAUUAAUUGGUUAAUGGCCAUAUUGAGUCUGAAUAUUUAGAAAGAAAUAAGAAAUGGAUUUCCGUUUUUAUUUUCUUUAUUACUAUUGAAAUACUUUUUAGUAUUACUGUUGAAACCACUACAAAAUGUGAUGUCUUAUUAUUAUAUUUUGUGAAAUACUACAUAUUAUUAUGUAUUAACUACUUAUACAGAAAAAAAAAUUCUCUUGUUUUUUGCAUAUUAUACUGGUUACGUAUUUACCCAUUGUUGACUACUUAAAAAUAUUUUUCGAAUCAAACACAUUCUUGAACUACUUUUUGUAUUCUUCAUGUUAUACUACUAAAGUAAAAUUUGUUUAAAUAAAACAACAUAUCUUUAACAUAAUUGUUAUAUUUUAUAAUUAAUAGUUUAUGUGUUGCAUAUGCUAUGCAUGGUGGUUUACCUAAUGCACUUGGUCAUUUGGUCACAAUCAGCUUUUAAUUUCAAAAGCUGUAUUAAGUAAACCAAGCAAGCAUUUAAUAUAAUUAAAUUUUGAAAUGUAUUUUAAUGAAAAUAGUUUAAGGUUUUAAUUUUAACUGGAAUUGCCAUAACAUCGCAAAAGGCAUGCAUGAUAGUUAUAGUAUCUACUUUAUAUUAAGUUAUUUAUAAACAAUUUGGAAUAUUUGCCAGUAAUUUCUUAUUCGUAAGUUUUAAAAUCAAUUCUCAUUAUUUCUAAAUUAUAAUAAAAACAAGAGUUUAGAUUUGAAUUAAAUAAUUAAUUAUAAUUUUAUAUAAAUUAAGUUUUGUUUAACCAUCUUCAAAAGGGAGAGGUAAUCAUGUUUUUAGUUCUGCAUGCAAGAUGUGUAUUAUUUAGACCUACAGUGACAGUUGAAUAGCCUGUAAGUGUUGACAGUGAAAAAAUAUUGACUUUAAAUGAACUCAGAUAUAUACCGUAAACCAACCACCAGCUGAAUGCAAGUGUAUGUAAAUAUGUAUAAGAAAGUAUUGUAAAUCCAAUGAAGGAAGAAUGCAUAUUGGAACCAUUGUUACAUCCAAGUAAUUUUGGCAGGUUGUGUACAUUUUAUUUUGACUUAGCAUUUACAGAAUGCAUUAUUGUUUAUCAUUUGUUGAUCCAAUUAUUAUAUCUAACUGAAACUAUGUAUUGCAUCAAAUUUGUGGAUGUGAUACCAAUUUAAUACCUCAAACAUGGAAUUGUAUUUAUUUUUGUUACAAAUUAAUUUUAUAUUAAACUUAUUUUAUAUGGUUAGUAAAAAAUAUAUUUUACA